AUGGCCACCAACGGCGAAGCACCGGCUUUGAAGCGCCAGCGAGUCCAGAAGGAAGCCGAACAUGUCUCCAAUGGCGAGGUGAAGGUCAACAACUGGGAGCAGCCAGGACCAGCGGCCUUUGACUUUCGCAGUGAUGUCACCACAACCCCGACAUCCCGCAUGCUGUCCGCCAUUGCCUCUACAACUCUCUUGGACGACGUCUUCCAAAUGGACCCAACAACCAACAACCUCGAAUCCUUCAUCGCCACCCUCACCGGCAAAGAAAAUGCCCUCCUCGUCCUCUCCGGCACCAUGGGCAACCAAAUCGCCAUCCGUACCCACCUCCAAGGCCCUCCCCACAGCAUCGUCACCGACUACCGCUCCCACAUCAUGACCGCCGAAGCAGGCGGCGUAGCCUCUUUAUGCGGCGCUUUAACCAUUCCCGUCGAACCCGCCAAUGGCCGCUACCUAACCCUCGAAGACGUCAAGAAGAAAUGUAUUAUUAGUGAUAACGUCCACGCCUGCCCGACUAAACUGAUCUCCCUAGAAAACACCCUCGCCGGCAUCAUCCUCCCGCUGAAAGAAUGCCAGCGCAUCUCCGCCUGGGCGCGCGAGAACUCCAUCCUGCUCCACCUCGAUGGCGCGCGUCUCUGGGAAGCCGUCGCCGCUGGGGCGGGGAGUCUAGAAGACUACUGCGCCUGCUUCGACUCCAUCUCCCUCUGCUUCAGCAAAGGCCUCGGCGCCCCGAUCGGGAGCAUCAUCGUCGGCACUUCCGCUUUCAUCACUCGCGCGAGGUGGAUCCGGAAAUCCAUCGGCGGCGGAUUGCGACAAGCUGGUGUCGUCACGGCAGCGGCCAGGGUCGCAGUGGAAGAUACGUUCCUCGGCGGGCUUUUGUCCGCUUCGCACGAUCGGGCGCGAGAGAUUUCGAAAAUGUGGGAGGAGCUGGGAGGGAAGGUGGUGAAUCCGGUGGAGACGAAUAUGGUGUGGUUGGAUCUGGAGCAUGCGGGGGUGGGGGUGGAGAGGUUUGUGGAGUUGGGGGAGAAGGCGGGGUUGAGGUUGAUGGGGGGACGGUUGGUGGUGCAUUAUCAGAUUGGAGAGGAGGCUGUGAGGAGACUGGAGAGGGUCAUGAGAGCGGUGUUGAAGGGGGUGGAGUUGGAAGGGAGUGUGGAGAUUGAGCCGCGGGUGCUGAAGAAUGGUGGCGAGGUGGUGCGGUGA